AAAACCAUGAGAAUAGUCUGGAAGGAAAGUGGCGGGAUCUCGGAACUCUCGGACCAAUUAGCCAUUUUGUGAUUAGAAGUAGUGAUAGUCAGUGGUAGAUGAAUGCUCAGAAAUUUGUGUGUCGUGAUUAAUUAAUGAGAAUUAGGGAAAAUCGAGGGGUUGCAGCUAGCAACAAGUAUUUUUGUGGUUCGAAUUGGUGCAAUAUUCUGUUGUCAUGAACACGUAUGACAGCUCUGGCUAUUGGUCCUUUGUUUAGUUGCUCAAGUGACGUCUCACGUAUUCUUUGCAUUUAUUUACUGUAUUUAUUUAGUUGGAGUACUUAACAAUGCUCCAACAACAUCGUGCUAGCAUUGAUCUCUGUUGUAAUACGCUCGCUAAAAAAGUUAAUAUGGUUAGGCUCUGGCCCAAGUUGUUGAAGUAUAGAAUUUUUAAUCCUGAUGAUGUUAACAUACCGAGGUGGCAGGAAAGCCUCAGUGAUGUGAACACUAUAAAGGAGAUAGUAACGACCAUAAAGACCCGUGGACCAUUGGCAUUUGACUAUUUGCUCAGGAGCCUGACGGAAAUUAAUCAAGCCAAUCUAGCAGAAAUUCUAUCAGCCUCAAUCGUCGACACUGCCUCAAAUAACAACACCAAUAAUGUUCAUAAAAUAUCCCAGAAUCUUCCACAGAAUGUGACCACCCAAUGUGCUCCAUCGGAUAAGGCGCCCAGUAAUGGAAGACAAGAUUUGAAUUAUGAGGAUAACCUGUUUGACGAUUUAAGGGUUCUGGGCGAGGCGCCUGUAGUAGUAAAAGUGAAAAAAUCUACAGAAUUUCUGGAUGAAAUCGAUAAUCAUAUACUCGGGAGAUAUCCAAUGCGAAGUAACCCACGUGGAUUAGUUCUACUGAUAACGUUGAUGGAUUACCAGAAAAAUAAGAAAGUGAGACACGCAGCUGAACAUGAUCACCACAAUUUAACGCAAUUAUUCGAACAAAUGGGUUUCGAAGUCAUAGCGAAGACGAAUCUAUCUGCUAGUGAGAUCACGAGAGAAGUCUUUGAAUUCUCCCAGAAACCUGAACAUCGCAAAAUGGAUUCUUGUUUCGUUAUUAUAUCGGGUCAUGGCAACAGAUCACCGACUGGCCAAACUGUUAUCCUUGGAAUUGACGAUACUGGCCAUGAACAUCCUGAUCACCAAAUCGCGAGUUUUGAUAUCAUCAAUUAUUUUUCAGCUGAAAAUUGUCCAGCACUCAGUCGUAAACCCAAGAUAUUUAUUUUCCAAAUUUGCAGAGGUGAUUCUACCCAAUUUGCUGUGAUGGAUCGCGGUGUUCAUUCCGUUCGCUACAACCAGAAUCUCGAUCUCAGCAAUCAGGAUGCCCCACGUGAUGGGACAAGCAGAAAUUUCGAGCACAUUCUCAUUGUUAAUUCUACACUGCCAGGAUAUGUAUCAUUUCGUGACGAAUCUUGCGGAUCUUGGUUCAUUCAAAUACUCUGUCAAGUAUUUAUGAACAUGGCAUGCUCACUCCACAUUCGUGACUUAUUCGAUAAAAUAGAUGAAUUGAUAUCAACUAAGAGGGCUGGGUACUACAAGUGUCAAACAACAACAGUGAAGGGCAUUGGAUUCAACAAGCAUCUGUACAUAAAUCCUGGACUCUUUCCAGAGGAUUCCUAAUCUCCUCCCUAGGAUAAUUACCAUUACUCAUUAUUUAUUCACACAAUGAUUUCAUAUCUAGUUACUUUAGGUGCAAUUAAAACAGAUAUUUUCUGUUUAUCCAUUUAUCGUUCAUUGAUAUUGUAUUAUUUUAAUGUGAAUGUGGCUCCAACAUUCCCGCAAUUUUUUUCAUAAUCAUGCUCGUGAGAGUCAACAAUUCUUCCUGGAGAGGCUUUUUUACUUCGAUUCUGGGUGCAUCGAAAAUAUUGACUAUUGUCAUUCGCAUUCUGGACUCGAGUAUUUUUAAUUAAUGACACAUUUACUCAGGUUUAAUGUAUGCUAUUGUAUUACAUGAAAAUUUUUAUAUAUUUAUACGUUGAUGAAAAAAUAAUAAACGCAUGGCAUGUUUGUCAGUUUUUUUCUCAUCCAAAUAUGAGGUGCCCUAGCAUGUAAAAUUCUUCCAUAUGGUUGACUCCAUCGUUUUAAGGAAAAUUAUAUUACCUGAUAUCACUAAUUAUGAAGCAUUUAGACGAUAUUCACGACCAAAGGAGUGAAAAUGAAAGUGCUCUACGGCGAAUUCCUAAAAUUGUCCAACUAUGGAAUAAAUUCACGUAAAAAUAAUAAGCAUAAA